UUACCCUGGCUAUGCAUGACCUUGAAAUGUGAAUGGACACAGUAUCUAGGGCCAGGGUCCAGCCCAGGGGGACACCAGUUGACCGACUGGCUUACUGGCGUGCAGCCACUAGACAUGUGUGCUCUACGACUUAUUAAUGGAUCAUUUGGCCUUGGGACUAGAUUUUUGGCCCCAUCCAGUGUGAGGCUUGUGAGGAAGACUUUAUACGGGAGUCAACCAUCCGCUGAUACAGGGACAAAUGUCACGUCCUGUGGCCAACAACUGGAGGUCCACCACUCCCGCUGGCCUCACUGUCUCCAUUUCACAUACACUUGGCUGCGAGAUCACUGCCGGUGUCCUCAGUGCUAUGACCACAAAACUUAUCAACGGAAAUAUGAAAUCUCAAACAUCCCACUUGGUAUUCGACCAGUAGCCGUCAAGGCAACUGAGAAGGAAUUAAAAGUGAAAUGGCCAGAUGGCCAUGAAUCAGGGUAUGAGUAUAAGUUCUUGUGGCAGAACACUUUUGAGGGUCAGCAAACAUCAUACAGAAUGCCCCAGCUUCCUUGGACAACUGCUACACUCCCAGAAGCACAUCAGACCACGGUUCCUCUAGGUGACCUGUGUGACCCUGAGAAAGGUGGUGUAAAGAGGCUUAUUUAUGCCAUAGUGAAGCAUGGUUUUGCCUUCAUCUCAGAGGUUCCUGCCGACAUAGAAUCUACACGAACCGCAAUAGAGAAAGUGUGUAAUAUCAAGAACACAUUUUUUGGAGAUAUGUGGAGCAUGAAGGGGACCAAUUAUGAACAUUUUGAUAGUGCCUAUUCCACUGCAUAUAUUGGAGCUCAUACUGACAGCACUUACUUCACACAAGCUUGCAGAAUCCAGGUGUUCCAUUGUCUACAGCCAGCCACAGAAGGUGGAGAAAACUUGCUUGUAGAUGGAUUUAGCAUUGCCAAACAGUUCCGUGACAAACACCCAAAAGGAUAUGCUUUUCUUUCAAGUGAAGCCAUACCCUCGGAGUAUAUAGAGGAUGGACAACACCAGGUCUCCCUCGACACUAUUUUUAAACAUAACCCAGUGACGCGUAAUAUUAAACAGUUCAGGUACAACAUAUAUGACCGAGCUCCCUUAUCAUCAUUACCCAUGGAAAAGACACAAGACUUCUACACACACUUCUCCAAUCUCUCCAAAAUCAUAAAUAAUCCCAAGAAUGAGUAUUGGCUCAAGUUAAACCCAGGUACAGUGCUUCUUACUGACAACUGGCGACUGAUGCACGGUCGUGCUAAUUUCACCGGCGCGAGGUUUAUGUGUGGAUGCUACCUGGACAAUGACGACUUCUGCAGUAAAGCACGAGUGUUAGAAGUGCAGCUGGAAUAAUGUUAAAACUCAAUGAAAAAAUCAUCAAGAACUUUCCUUGUAAGUAACAGUAAUUUUAAAAAGCAAUAUGUUUUCCAGUUACCAUGAAUUCUUUAUUAUAUUUUCGAGGAUAAGUUUUAAAGAAUUUCCUUUAUAAUACAGAAAGAGGGAAAUACCCCAGUAGUGUAUGCACUUAGUAACAGCUAUUUUGAAAGGUACAGCAUAAAUUUUCUUCCAGUGACCAUGAAUCUUAAGAAGACACUAAUGUGAUCCCACUGUUAGGUAUAUCACUGGUCUCAUAUAUUGCAUACCUGUAAAACACAUACUGGUAACAGAACUAUGGAAUAUGAUAACAGAUGCCAUUACCAAUGUGACUUGACUGCUUACAUGUUUUGAAAUUUUGAGAGCAGCUAAUGGUGUUUAUUUGUAUGAUCAUUAAUAAAAAAAAGUUGGGCCACAAUAUGGUGCAAAAACUGCAGGCUUGUGCAGCUAUUAUUAUUUUAUUUACAUUAAAAAUGGGAGGUACUCCAGAAAUACUGUAAUUUGUAUGUUGUUUUCAUAAGACAAUGAGCUGCAGUGUCA